UUCUCCCUCGCAGCCCUUCUCAAGCCGCCCCCUCCCCCGGGCCCUGCGGCCGAGCUCGGCCUCGUCGUCCUGUCCUCGCCGGCGGCUGGAGCUGCAGCGGACGCGCGGAAGGGGGGGAGGGGGCUGGCCGUGGCCGUGGCGGCGGCUUCAGCGUCCGGCUCCGUCCUUUCUUGCGUCUCCGUCGGGGUGGCCUCGAGGAGGAACAGGGCGGACUGGGCCGGCGGCAGGUGGGGCCGCUCCGCCCCUCCCUCUGAGCAGAAACUUCUGUUCUGAGAAAUGCGUUGCAAUGCCUCACUUGUGUUUAAUCAUCCAGACUUAAAACUGGGAAAAAAAAAACAUUAUGGCGAUUCUCCAUUCAUCAUGUUGCAUUACCAGCGGUGGCUGAGUUGAAGUUUCCUAUAUCCUAGGGAGAGUAUGUAUACAAGGAAUGGCCUCAUGGCCAACGUGACAGUGACCUCCGCCACUCCAGAGGGCAGUAGCAGUUCUGACUCACUGGAAGGACGGAGUUCAGAUUAUGCCCAUAAAAGCUAUGAUGCAGUUGUAUUUGAUGUAUUGAAAGUAACACCAGAGGAGUUUGCAAGUCAGAUUACGUUAAUGGAUAUGCCAGUAUUUAAAGCUAUACAGCCAGAGGAAUUAGCAAGUUGUGGAUGGAAUAAGAAAGAGAAACACAUCCUUGCCCCUAAUAUUGUUGCCUUUACAAGGAGAUUUAAUCAGGUCAGUUUCUGGGUUGUACGAGAAAUUUUAACAGCACAGACCUUGAAAAUAAGGGCAGAAAUAUUGAGCCAUUUUGUGAAAAUAGCAAAGAAACUUCUAGAACUGAACAGCCUUCAUUCCCUCAUGUCUGUGGUAUCAGCACUGCAAAGCGCACCUAUUUUCAGGCUAACAAAAACCUGGGCACUUCUGAAUCGUAAAGACAAGACCACCUAUGAGAAGCUGGAUUACUUAAUGUCUAAGGAAGAUAAUUAUAAAAGGAUGCGGGAAUACAUCAGAUGCUUGAAGAUGGUCCCCUGUAUUCCUUAUUUAGGGAUUUAUCUGUUGGAUUUAAUCUACAUUGAUUCAGCGUAUCCUGCUUCAGGCAGCAUCAUGGAGAAUGAACAAAGAUCCAAUCAAAUGAACAAUAUCCUCCGAAUAAUUGCUGAUUUGCAAGUCUCCUGUAGCUACGAUCACCUUAUAACGCUGCCCCAUGUGCAAAAAUACUUAAAGUCUGUCCGGUACAUUGAAGAACUUCAAAAAUUUGUAGAAGACGACAACUACAAAUUAUCCCUAAGAAUUGAACCAGGAAACAGCUCUCCACGAUUGGUAUCUUCAAAGGAAGAUCUUGCAGGUCCGUCAGAGGUGUCAGCAGCUGUGAGGUUCAGCAGGAGACCAACCUGUCCUGAUGCCUCGGUGGCAGCCAGCCUGCCAACUCCUCCUGUACCACGACACAGGAAGAGUCACAGCCUGGGAAACAAUAUGAUGUGUCAGUUAAGUGUAGUUGAAAGUAAAAGUGCAACGUUCCCAACAGAGAAGCCUCGCCACCUGCUGGAUGACAGUGUUCUAGAAUCCCACAGUCCUGUCAGAAACCACACACUAAACUCUGUUUUCACCAAUGGUAUUUCUAUAGGAAGCAGUGAAAGUUCAGAAUUUAGCGAGGAGCCUUCUUCAGGGCUUGAAAGGGGUCGGUUGUAUGCCACGCUGGGGCCCAACUGGCGGGUACCAAUUCGGAAUUCUCCCAGAAGUCGCAGCUGUGUCUACAGUCCAACAGGAGCCUGUAGCUGCACUUCGGGGAGUUCCAUGGGAGUUGUAACCAUGGAAGGACCUUUAAGAAGGAAGACAUUACUAAAGGAAGGCAGGAAGCCUACACUUUCCUCGUGGACUAGGUAUUGGGUUACCCUUUCAGGAUCUACUCUGAUCUACUUUGGAGCAAAGUCUUUAAGAGGCACUGAAAGAAAGCACUAUAAAUCUACUCCAGGAAAAAGGGUUUCCGUUGUUGGAUGGAUGGUCGCACUGCCUGAUGAUCCUGAACAUCCUGACAUUUUUCAGCUAAAUAAUCCCGAUAAAGGCAAUGUUUACAAGUUUCAGACUGGUUCAAGGUUUCAUGCAAUACUGUGGCACAAGCAUUUGGACGACGCAUGCAAAAGCAACAGGCCUCAGGUACCUGCAAACCUUAUGUCAUUCGAAUAACAUGCUUCAGUGUGUGGUGUGACUUCAAGUGCCAAACUGCAGGAUAAGGAAUUGUUCCCACAGGAGAACAGAGGAAGGAGACUACAGAGUGAGCCAGCUGUCUGUAACAGCAACUUCAGCACUUUUCUAUGUAACUUGAAAGUAAUUAUGACAGAGCUUCUAAAAGCAGAAAGUGAAUGUUGUCCAUAGGACAGGAUCUAACCCAAUGCACUGAUGAAAGAGAUGAUUUAGACUGAUCCAAAAUGUAUCCUGCCCCCAACACAGGAUCCUCGAGUCCUUGACUUUAGCUUUGUGGUCACAGACUGCCGUGGAUUUCUGUUCUACCACAAACUGUGUAUCACAUCUUCUGCAAAUUCUUUUUUUUUACCUGCUCUUUUUAUUGUUGAGCUGCUUUAUGUGACUGAAGAACAUUUAGCCCAUGUUGGGUUUUCAAUUAUUUCUAAUGCACAAUACAAUUGACAGUGUUAACAUGCUGCAAAGUGUCAAUUAGAAUAGGACAUUGUGGAACAACAUUUUUCUAACCUUAAGUGCACUGAGUUGCUUGACAAUGUGGCUGCCUCAGAUUUUGUAUCAAACCUAGGGGCAAAACUGAUGUUCAUAACUGAGCUAUUUGGGAAAUGUGUAUUUUGGCACAAUAUAAACCACCUGUAAUUUAAUGUUUGUUUCUUAAAAUUGGUUCUGCUGCUUUGUUUUAAUGUAUGGGAGGUGCCCAGUCAUUUGAAGGGUCUGUUGCUGCUGAAACUUACUUGGUAUUUAAGGCUCUUUCUGGGCUCCUUCACACUAAAAUAAAUGUUUGCCUUAAAUUAUUUCUGUUCCCCCCUUAACUAUGGGUGCUAUUCAUCUAAAAUGUCUAGCAGUGCAAAAGUCACCUGCACCCACAGAGCUGCUUUCAGAUAUUCCAGGUCGCAGGGCAUUUGUCAGUGUGAAUGGGCUGGAAAAGAAUUCUUGCCUUGUUGGAGGGGUUCUUACUAUCCUGAGCCUCUCCUUUCGGUAUUCCAGUUUCCUCUACUCUUACCACAUGUCACUGUCUUGAAGUCACAAACCAAGGAAAGCAUAGCCGGGCUGAGCUCCAUAGUUCCUCAGUUCCCUGUUACCGAAUAUCCUGAACAGAAGCCCUUAAAUGUGCAUUCAGAUCCUUGCUGGCCUGCAAGAGCGAGGCUGCAUUGCACAGCAUUUAGUGUGCUUGAAAAGCCAGCAGUCGUUUUGGAGGUGCAGAGCCCUGCAUUUGAAGAAAUGCCCCCAAAAGGGACGUUAUGAUUGAGUCUUUGUUUUUUUUGAACCUUUUAAAAAUUGUACAUUUUUUUCCUUUAAUGUUAAGUAUCUUGUUGAUUAUAAUCUGUUUUCAGUUCUCAUAGUGUAUGUUUGUGUCAUAGUCCUGAGAAUGAAACCCAAUAUGAAACCAGCUCUUGAAUCUUGUCAUCUCCCUAUUACAAGGGGAGUCAGGCAGCGUCUCAUGCAGAUACGUCCUUCAAUAUCCUUUUUAAUGGUUAGGUUGAUUGGGUUCUGUGCUCUUGGUUGCCCUGUCAACUGAAAAACUAUCUUGAUAUGAGUGAGGCCGUAGCAAUGAACUUCUGUAUGUCUAAGAACAAACUCCCACAACAGCAGAUGAAUGGUGGUGGGUUUUUUUGGUCAUCACUAUGGGCAACUUCUGUCCAAGGGUUAGGAUAUGCUGGCUCUCUUGCCCAGGGAGAUGCUGGCAGUUUAUACGAUUCAGUUGUUCUUCAGGAUGAAACACUUGUCUGGAUUUGCAUCUAAAGUGAAAAUGUAAGAGUACGAUUUUGCAAGAUCUGUGUAUGUAUGUGCUGCUGUGAUCCUAUUCUUCUUUAGAAUACAGGAGGAGAAUUACCUUGCCAUCUACAUGGUUGUAAUGUAAUGGUUUGGCCUCCAGACCUACUAGUAGAUGUUAAAAAUUCAACAUGAUCCUUUUUUACCAGGAAAAGCCCCCAUCCUAGCACCACUCUCUGUUUUGAAUCCUCAUAAAUUAAAGUGAGAACCUCAUUAUAGCAGUAAGGGGAACACAAUGACCCAUUUUACACUUAUAUUAAAUUAAUGCAUCCUCUUUGUUCUCAGUAUAUCUCUGAACUCUGUCCUCUACAAGUUUAAGGAUGCCAAAAAAUUCAAGGAGUGCCCAACUUGAAUCUGAAAAUGUGUAACGCUGAAAUGGUUAAAACAAGAACUGGCUCUUCCUCUGCUGCCAAAGUGCUAAAAGCUACACAAGGGAAAUUAGGACAUGCAUAAUUAAUCUCCUUCACAUCAUUCAAAUGAUAUAAUGGUAGAGUUCAAGUUGACACUCUGUGGAAGAGAACAAUCUGUACAGUAAGUUUGACUUCAGUUACCUAGAGGUCAAAAUAUACAUGGUUUAGAGUGUAGAAUUUUAGUUUUGUUGCUUUAAAUUAAAUAAAUCCAGACUACCCAAAAUAAGAUCUACUGAUGCGAUGAUCAGUAGUCGCGGCGUUUGUGAUUAUGGUCACAAUAGUUGCAUUUAAAUCUUGCAGCAAAUGCUCAGUGCUUAAUCUCACUUUUCCAAGUCAGUGUAAGCGCUACACGUCAGAGCAAUAGUGCCAGCCAUAGAACAGGCACUGCGGCCGUCAAAGGGACAGUUUGAUGAUUUUUCAAUACCUGGGAGGGGGAGUGGCAAUGCAGCUCUCAACUGUGUUGUAGCAAUGAGGAAAAGUAAGGAUGCAAUCUAAGCAUACCUACCCGGAAGUAAGUCUCACUCAGUGGGAUUUCUUUUCAAGCAAGGAUUUUAGUAUUUAUCUGUCAGGUAUGGGCACAAAGCAAGCAAAUCCUGAUUUUGCUUUUUGUUCUAUUUUGUACUUCCUGGGGGAGCAAGGAAAAGUACUUUAGUCUUUGAAAAAUGAUCUCAUCUGACAAGAGAAAAAUUUCUCCCCAACCCUCACGAGCCUUCACCCCUACACAUCAGGUUCCUCAACCACAAAAAUUUAGACCCAAAACCAGCAGGAGCCUCGAUCUGAUAUGACACAAAUGGCAAAGACACUAGUGGUGGUGGCACCCCUGUGCAGAAGUCUCUCCUUAUGCAACAAAUGAAAUUUGCGAGCACCUAUAGAGAGAAGGAAAUAACUUGGAAUUUAGCCACUUGAAAGGCUCUACAAAUUUGCAUUUGGAAUGUUUCAGUUGUUUGUUUUUAAGGAAAAGAAAAGAACUGGUAAUUCAAAUGGCUGACCUUGAUUUUAAUUUGAUGUAUAAAUAGUAUUGCGUCUGGACAUGAACUUGGAAAAUUGUAUACUAAUGACUUGUGCGAUAAUGGAAUAACAUGGUGCAGUAUUCAGCAAUACAGGCAGUUUUGCUGUACAGUGUUUUAAGAAGAAUAAAUAAAUGAGUAUAUGGAUAUUGUUCUUAGCAUAAUCCACAUUUAAAUGGUUCUCUUCCUAUAAAAGCAUGAAUGCUACUUAGCUAUUGGAUUUUUUUAGUGCACAUUUUACUGUGAAUUAAAUAAUAAAGCAAUGCAUAUUGGUACUAUUUAAAAUAUCACUAUCCACUAUACAGACUCUGAUGCAGAAGCCCCACAAAUCUCUGAUGUACACAAAGAGCUCUUGUGCUUGCUGGCUGCCCUAACUCAUUCCAGCAGUGACAACAGAUCCAUGUGUGCAAAGGCAUGGUUGUAUAUAUCAGCGGGGGGGGGGGGUGCGGUAUAGAUUUAUCUCUGUGUGUACAUUGGUAUCCGAGUCCUAGAACAGAUGGUUGACUCAGGGUAUAAGUACACCAUACUCCAAAUCAUGGGUGUGUGACCAGUCCUGCACUGGGGGAACUCAAGAAGUGCUUGUUUGCUUGGCGCUGCAAAGGAGGAGACGGAGCUUCUGUUUUCCCUCCCACUCCUCUUUCGCCAGCAGAAAGGGUGGCUGGGGGGAGCUGUUCACCAUUUUUCUCAGGCUCCAUGUGUCCUUCCUUGGGCACGUACAGGAAGCUCCUUCUGCCUCCUCACAGCACUGAGCAAACAAGCAUUUUUUAAGGUGCGUUCUCCUGAUGUACAUUUGAUCAUGAAUCCAGUCACACACCCAUGAUCCAGCUCAUGUCAGGCGUAUUGUGUAGCUUGGCCCUCAGACUGCUAGUCCAUUCAUUCACACAGCUAAACUCAUUGUUCGACAACUUUAUGAAGAAAGGUCCCUGUCAGUUUUUUUCAGGAUGACCAUUUUUAUGAAAUGUGAAGCUAUGAGCUAUAUUGCAGCAAUAUUAUUUAUUGUUAAUUUAUUAGAGUGUAAUUUUAAAGUAAACUUAGUGCCAAAAUGCGUGUUUUUUCCAAUUAGCACCUAGUUGAGGCAUAGACAGCAGUACUCCAUUUUUGAUCUAUUUGUCACAUUGUGAUGUAAACCGAUUUCUAUAUUUCAAUUUGUUUCUUGUGAGAAUUGUUGCACUAUUUUUUUGGCCGUAUUCCAGCAGCCCACUGCAUGCCAUUUGUGUAAGGCCUCUUUCUAAAACAAAAAACACACAAAAAACUUGUGAAUUGUCUCACUCAUGAUAACCACUGAAAUUUUAACCCUUGUGUGGGAGUCUUUUAGGUUUUUGGCAAAGUAUUUUGUUACCUCAGUCUUCUAUCAAGUUGCUGUAUUUUUCAGCUUGUUACAUUGAUAAUGAUUGUUUCACUAAUUAAAAAAAAUUUAAUGUAA